GUACUUUAUUAAAUGUGUUUUUCUAUACACUUCAUCAUACUUUCAAAAUUUUAAAAAGAUUUUCGUUUUUAUAACUUUUUCUCAGAACUUCCACCGUUAGACCAUAAAUUUUACAAACCUCUAAAGUGAAGACUAAUAUUCAGUUUAAACAAGAUUGUUAAACACUUGCGAAAAUUUUGAUUGUGCUUGUGUAUAAUCUAUAAUCAAGCAUAUUAGUAUUUUACAGUGUAUUCAAAUUCGAGUGUUAAUGUUGUUUGUGCAUGUCAUCAUCUAAUGCUGUAAUCCGCACCGGUAUUAAUCUAAGAUGUACACAUAGACACCCAACCAAAAGAAUCUACGAUUUAAUUAACACAAGAAAGAAAAACUAUACUGUUUAUACAAAUUGAUAUGCUUAUGCCUGUAAACAUCUAUGCAUAUAAAUAUGCAAAUAUUAUUAAACAUUCAUCUUAGCAUGCAUCUAUAUUAUUAGGUUACACUCACUCACACACUCAAUUCAUAUGUUCUUCUUAAUUCACAUUUCUCUCUCCCUCUUUCUCUGAAAAGUCUAGCAAAUGAGUUUGAAGCGUUCGUCUUCUUCCUUCUUCCUCUUUCUCUUUUUCUACUUCUUCUUCUUCUUCUUUUCUACUCAUGUCUCCUCACAAGCCUGUCAAAAAACAUGCGGCCAAAUACCCAUCAAAUACCCGCUCGGAACCGGGUCGGGUUGCGGCGACCCACGUUUCACACGUCACAUCACGUGCGACACGGACCAACAGACUUUGACGCUCACCACCCACACAGGCUGUUACCCUAUCACUUCCGUCGACUACGCCAAGCAAAUGAUCUACGUCACCGACUCGUCCAUGUCGACGUGUGCAUGUACCCGACCCAGCCAGGGAUUCGGGUUGGAUUGGGACGCUCCGUUUUCUUUCCACGACGACACCGUUUUCACACUCCUUGACUGUUCUAUUGACGAAUCCCCUGUUUUCACGCCGUUAAGUAACGGUACCGGACGUGUCUCGCUCUGUGACCGUCAAAGCUCCUCCAUUUGCACCUUCUUGUACUCCAAUUGCAGGGCGAUCAGUCUGAUAAACCUCCAAGUGUCAACGUGCUGCGUCUACGUGCCUCUAGACCUGGGACCAUCGUUUGAAAUGGAUCUGAAGAAACUCAAGUGCUCGUCUUACUCCGGUUUCUACAAUCUCGGUCCGGCCCAAGAAUCCCACCCGGAGAAUUGGAACUAUGGAAUCGCACUCAAGUACAAGUUCAACGUCUUCGAUGAGUACCCUGUCGUCUGCGGUGCAUGCGAGCGUAGUAACGGUGCUUGUGGCUACAACACUCAGACUAGCUCCUUCGCUUGCAACUGUCCCGGUGGGAUCAACACCACGUCCGAUUGCUUCUUCCUUUAUAACUCCGGUUCUAUUCUUCUUCCUUGGAGAAUGGGUGGUGUACCCUUUGUCAUGGGUUGUUUUUUGGACUGUGAUGAGUCUGCUUUAAAGGAGUUAGAGGUUCUCGCAUUAGCCAAUUCAAUUGGGGAGCAUCAAAGAAUGGAGUGGCUCGAAGAGAAAGCUUGAUAGAUCGAAUAUUUGCUUCUUCUUUCUAUAACUUUGUGUGAAAUCAUGUUAUAAAAUUCUCUAUUGGUUCUCUCUUUGCCAUAAGUCCAUUUAUCUUAUUUGUUUUUUCUCCCACUUUCCAGCUCAUAAGGAAUCAACUCACUAUAGUGUUAAACACUUGCAAAGAAUGCUAAUGAUUAUGGUAGUAUUAGUCAACUCGCAGAGGUUAUACUUAUACUUAAGUAUUUAAUUAUUAUUUUUAAACUGAAAAUCCAUAUGAAGGUAAUACUACCAUAAUCAUUAG